AUGCAGGAGUAUGAAGAUGCCGUCGAGUAUCGAAGCAACGAGGCCAUAUCUGACACCGACGGUGACGCUGAAGUUAUUACCGGAAUGGCCCAACUUGAUAUCGAAGCAACCGAUGCCCCUCCUGCCCCUGUCAGAAUGCCCGAUGUCGAGCUUCAACCCAUUGUUGAGACUGCCUCUGUGACUGCCGCCAUCCAGGUGCCUCAGAUCACCAUUGGUGACGGCAACGCUCCCGUGAUAGAUGCGGAAGUUCGAGAGAAGCUCAAAUCGGAAGGUCCAUUUCAUAAAUGGAUGCGGACGAUACAUCGUCGAGCACGGCAUCGGCCCACGCUGUCAGACGAAGGUAUCACUUCUCUGCGGUCGCCAUUCGAGUCUGAGGUCCACAGCCGGACACCUCCUUGGAAAAGAACCCAUCAUCGACACUCAUCCUCGGGGUCUUCUUUUGCCUUUGUUACGGCGGUUCGAAGUGCUAGUGCCAGUCUCGCCAGUGUCAGUGCUGUGGCCCGAUCACGAAGGACCACAGUGGGCUCUCAAGGCUUUUCAACAACGGAGCGUAGCAGCAGAGGAUCCAUUUCGGGUCCUCGUGCUUCGGAAGACAGCGGCUAUUUGGACAACCACUCCCUAGCCGACUUGGCUGCCAUUGAGAGAUCGCUGCAACGGAGAAAGGUACUGGAGGAGCUGAUCAGUACAGAAGAAGGGUACAUUGGCGACGUACGCUUUCUCAUGAAUGUAUAUGUCACGAUUUUGGCUGCAUUGCCUUCCAUCUGCGUUGGAUUGCGAUCAUCCAUCAACCAGAACUUGACAGAGAUUGUCAAGUUACACGAGGAGCUCCUUGGUGAACUACAUCGGAUAGUUCCACACUCGGAAUACACGCAAGCUGACUUGGCACCCUCGAUGUCAUCUCUGCCAAAUCCUAAUUGUCUUCAUACUCACAGACGAUGGUCCAGUCUCGGCGCCAUACCGGAGCAAAAUGUGAAAGCGAGGUGGCUUUUGAAAGCCCCAGGCAUGCUGGCAGAUCCGCAGGUCGCUGCCGAAGUCUCCAAACUCUUUGCAAAGAAGAUCAGUUGCUUCUUUAUAUACGAAGAAUACGGAGCUACAUACGAGAUGAUGAUCAAAGAUAUUGCUUCAGCCCAGCAAGCCAUGCCUGACUGGGAGACUUAUCAAAAAGGACUCGAAGCUCUAGCACUGGCCCUGGGCUCUGCCAAGGAUAGCGAAGAAGGAAUAAAGAAGGCUCUCACGAUCAAUGACCUUCUUGUCAAGCCUAUCCAGAGAAUCUGCAAAUAUCCCCUCCUGUUUUGCGAGCUCCUCAAGUGCACCCCGAUAUCAGAUUGCCCAAAUUCGCACAUGGAAAUCGACAAUACUCUGACAAGACUCCGCGAAGCAACCACAGAAAUCAACCGGGCAUCAGAUGACGACCAGAUCAGGGUCACUCUUGAAAGGACAUGGAUUCUGCAAGAUCGACUCGUGUUUCCAGACAGGAAACUCGACGCCAUUUCCAAAAGACAAAUACGGUCCUUCGGCCACAUUCGCCUCUACGAUGGAGUUGACGGGCAGUAUUUCAUUUGUCUCCUGUAUCGAGACGUUCUUUGCCUUGCCUCUGCAGGCAAAGUCGACCCGAUAUACACCAUCAUGGCGUGCAUCAACGUGGACGGGAUCAGGAUCGAAGACGUAGACAAUGGACGAGGGCUGCAAUGUCACACCGCCCCUUUUUCUUGGAAACUAGUGUUUGAAUGUGAUCAUCAACUAUACGAACUCAUCAUGACGGCCUGCACUCCAAAGGAAGAGGCGGAAUGGAGAGCACGAUUGACCCGUCCAGUGAGCGAAGGCCAAGAGGAGAAGUCGCCGGAUAUGUUCAGUACUCUCCAUAUGGAUAUCAAGAGCCUGGGGACUGUUUUUGGAAAGCAAGGCACGCUCGCGCGGCGGAUAUCGAUUCAACGGGCCACUACUGUUGGAGGCGCCAAAUCUCCUCUGUGCCAAGUCAUCUUGAAGAAUACCAACGGGUUGCGGGACCACGGCGGUAAUGCGUCUGCGGCUUCGACCAUCAAGCGUUCUCAGUCUCUGCUAACAACCACGACCCGAAUCCCCGUGCUUGCACCGCCCAGGGGCGAGAGAGCCCGGCUAGAAGCGCUCCUUUCAGACGUAUGGACGAGAGACAUACUCCCGUUUCCUGGAAUGUCGAUGAAAUUUCGAAGCGAAAAUCUGGUUCGUAGCUCGGCAUCUACCGUUAUGAGAAAACUCAGUGUGGCGAGCUUUGCCAGUUCAUUUACAAAGAGGUCCGCAUCCGCUCAGAGAGCUCAAUCCAUCGAAAACAUUGCCUUGGAAAGGAUCAAGCGCCGGGGUAUCGGAACCCCAAUGGACUCCCUGAUGAUGGACGGUGUAUGCAUAGACGACGAAGCAGGCAGGAAGGCGAAGAGACAGCGUACAGCUGGGGGGCAUGCAGCUAUACAAGCGCCCGUUCAUAGCCUGAGGGAUGUUCCAAGAAGCCUCCGUCGACGAGGAGCGCGGAUAGAUGCAUCCCCAAGGCAAGAUCCCGUCAGCGACUUGUACACGUUUCCUUCCCGCGCAGCAUCUGCCAACAUACUGCUGCCAUCAAAGCCCACGAGCCCCCGGGCCAUGGCAUCUCUGCCCGAGAAUCUGGACAGAACGAGAAAGGCGUCAGCGGAAAAGUUCCGAAGCUUUGGCCGCUGGACCAGGAUGGGUGUGGGGAGGAACGAGGGUACUGGCAGCUUCAGGAAGCUGCUUUCUAUGGGCAAAGAGUUGUAA